AAAUUUGAAUUAGAAAAUUAAGACCAGGGAGUAUCCGAUGAAAAGUAGAAAAAAUGGUGUUUUCUAUAACGGAUGUUUCCGACACACCAGAAGAACCGACCCCUGCUAAGAAGAAGCGAAGGUACACCGUCAAACAGUAUAUGGUGUUGGUUGGAGCCUGGGUGAACCUUUACAUGUGUAUAGCAUUACCAUCAUCUUUGACUGUCAUUUAUGUGGAGUUUAUAUACCACCUUGAUUCUAGUAGAGCAAAUGCUGGCCUUGUUGUUUCACUCUGUGGAGGAAUGCGAGGAUGUGCCGGAAUCUUGGCUGGUUUAAUAGUUAACCGAAUUGGUGCCAAAUGGACAAUAUUUCUUGGCUCAGUGUUCACCUCUUCAGGGAUAUUUUCAAGUUGUUUUGCACCCAAUGUGAUUGUUCUUUGUAUUACUUUAGGAGCAAUAACAGGAACUGGAUAUUCCUUCAUCAAUGUUGGUACAUUUGUUGCCCUUGGUGAUAUCUUUGGUAAGAAAAUCAGCAAUUUAUCCAUCGUCAUCACGAUGGCACGACCUCUUGCUGCCAUGACUAUGCCCAUUAUUAUCAAGUUUUUGAUGGACAUCUAUGGAUGGCGCUCAUCAUUGUUGCUACUUUCAGCAUUUAACUUACAUAUCUGUGCCUUCUGUAUUGUUAUGAGUCCAGACAAGAAGAAGCUGCCUCCAAUACCGCAAGAUGUCGAAGACACCUCAUCAGAAGUGGACUCUACCAAACCUGAAAAGAAACCCAAGAAAUUUUUCCAUUUAUCUGUAUUCAAUGAGAAAAUGUAUUUAGUUUUCAUGGUGUUGUUGACUUUCCUGAAUUCAUCGUACAGUGGCGCCACCACAGUGAUGGUUGACGUUGGUGUAGGCAGAGGGUUUGGACUAAAUCGAACUGUUUUUGUACUUACACUGCGCGCAUUGUCAGCGUUGUGUUCACGGAGCAUUUCAGCCAUAAUUCACAGGACAAAAUGUAUCUCCAACAUAUCAAUGCUUUGUUUCACAGGAUUAUCUCAAGGUUGUGGCCUGUUAAUCCUCUCCUAUAGCAUUAACUACUCAUACUUUGUUCUCGGCAAUGUUAUCAUUGGAAUGAGCGGAGGAACUAGGAACUGUAUGACGCCAGCUAUUAUCAUGGGUUUAGUCGGAAUUGAGCGAUACGCAUCUGGUUUAGGACUGACCACGACAAUGACUGGAUUUGGAGAAGUGAUAAGUGGACCCUUGGCAGGUAAAAUUGCUGACAUAUCAAACAAUUACCAGUUGUCGUUAUUUCUCAGUAGUAUGAUAAGUUUGAUAUCAGCAUCCCUUGUUAUGUUAGUUCCUGCUGUGAUGUUCUGGAGAUCCCAUUGUCAAAAGAAAGAAGAAACAACUGAAAAUCCAUAAACAGCUACAACAACAUCAACAAGAAGUCAAUGUGAGAGCCUUUAUAAGGGUCAGUGAAGGGGACAGCAGUCCCUGGUCGCACUGACCUGGCUGAAAUAGCAGCUAACGUCCUCAAAUCAUAUCCUACUGUAUUCAGCAUAAAAGAAAAAAAAAAAGCAGAUGACGCACAUUGGAUAAUGUAGCCCUAGAUACACUAUGUCUGAAUGAGAGGUAGGAUGGAUAUAGCUGCCA